GUAUUGCUUGUGAAAGAAUCUUAUCGUCUUCGUUUUAUUCCAUUUUCUUUUUCAAACCAAUGGUCUGGGAACGGACCGCCUCACUCGACACAUACUAUUGUAUUUAGACGUGUCAGCUUCCUUUAGUGCUUUGAACGAGGACAACAUUACAGAAUUGCAAGGGGAAAUUGCCAUCGAGAGGCUUUUGCACAAACAUACGGAGUGGAAAGUUUGUUGCCGGAGAGGGAAUACAUCGGAGACAUCUCGGCCAUAUCCACGGGAUUUUUCCCUAAGGUGGGAGGUCCGUGGGCUGCAGCCAUGCUGUCCCUGGACGAGCCAUUGGACCUAAUGCUCCCCCGGGGGUGUGUCAACGGGCGGGACAGGGGUGCACGGCCACCCCCCACCCUCACGCGCUCUCCGAUACCCUUCAAGCGCGCCCGGCAGCUCCGCAUGGCUGAUGAUGGCACAGCUGUCAUUGUGCCCGCCUCCCCGGCCUCGCCACACACAGGUGUGCUGGUGGUCUCCCGGGAGAGGCCAGAGACACCCCCCACCCCGCCAGCCGUGGACCUCAGUACGUCCCCCUCCUCCCGCCACACCUCCAGCUCCCCAGAGAUGACCAACGGAAACGGGGUCUCCCACCACAUCAUUGCAGGGGACUCAGCUCACAUCCAUUAUGUGGAGAGCAGAGCCUCCUCGCAGGCCUUCCAGUUCUUCGUGCCGAUUGGUGCUGGGUCCGGACUCCACCUGCCGUCAUCCAUGUUCAUUGGCCAGCCCAACGACAAGCGGGCCUCUCCCGAUCUCUCAGCAGACGAACAGCUGGCCUGUCGCUGGAGGAAGUGCCAUCUUCUCUUUGAGUCCCUGCAAGACCUUGUGGACCACGUCAACGACUUCCACGUCAAACCUGAAAAGGAUUCUGGGUACUGCUGCCACUGGGACGGCUGCGCUCGCAGAGGGCGGGGCUUCAACGCUAGGUACAAGAUGCUUAUCCAUAUCCGUACACACACCAAUGAGAAGCCUCACCGCUGCCCCACCUGCAACAAGAGUUUCUCUCGCCUGGAGAACCUCAAGAUACACAACCGCUCACACACAGGUGAGAAGCCCUACAUCUGUCCAUACGAGGGCUGCAGCAAGCGCUACUCCAACUCCAGCGACCGGUUCAAGCACACGCGCACCCACUACGUGGACAAGCCCUACUACUGCAAGAUGGCUGGCUGCCUGAAGCGCUACACAGACCCUAGCUCCCUCCGUAAGCACAUCAAGGCCCACGGCCACUCUGUAGCCCAGGAGCAAGGCUCUCCGGGUGGGCUGAGCUCCCUGCUCAAGGUGGGUCCCCUGGGGGUGGGGAUGGGUGGAAGAGGGGGUAAGCUGGGGGAGUCGGAGCUGAGCUACAUCAGUGGGGCCCAUAUCAUCAUCCCCAGCGCCGCUGCCGCUCUCCUGGGGGGCCACGCUCUGCAGGGCCUGGCGGGCUCCAUGCCUCUAUCCCCCCUCGCCCCCCGGCCCCUGGACCUGAGCACGCUGGGCGGGUGCCCCAGCUCCCCGUGCACCACCUCCAUCCUGUCCUUCAAUGGUUCUCCUCUGAGCCUGGCCACCAAGUCGUCCCUGGGGCUCUCCCCGGCCUUCCCCUCCUCAGCCCUGGGGCUGGGGCCCACCAUGGUGCCCGUGUCCCUAGGAGGAUCCAUGGGGUCGUCCGUCUCAGAGCGCAGGGCCCACCACGGGUGUCACCACAAGGGGAAAAUUGGGGGGGAGGAGGGGAAGGACAAGCUUCAUCGUGGGGGGGUGCUGAACCUCUCCACGGGGGCCUCCCACGACCCCCUGUCCUGGGUGGUCAUCCCCUCCGGCACGGUUGUGCUUAAGCCAGCUGUGGUCAACUAACAUACACGCACACGCACACACACACGCACACGCACACACACACACAUUCCAGAAGAACUGAAGGGGAGCUGAGAAAAUGUAGAAAGAAAUUGCCGUGAAAAGAAAGAACGUCUACUUUCAGACAGCUUAAACUUAACAACAAAGUCCACACCUCAGUUUGUAAAAUUGUCUCGGACAAAAACUGGGGUAUCUGGCACUGCUAUCUUUGCAUUUAUCUAGCACAUCUUGGGACCAUCAACAACUCAUAAAUACAUUUCAAUCAUGUGUCAUUUUCUAUUAUUUCAUAAGGCUUGAAAAAAAUGCAACAGCGGCCCUCCUCACCUCUUCCCCACAUUCUCUGUCUCUGGCGUUGUUUCUGGACGGGCUCCAUGGAAAGGACAGCCUUCUAAUGCUCUGUGUCCUUCCUCAAGCUCCACCUCAUGUGUAUGUAUUGAUGACAGUCUUCUAAUGCUCUGUGUCCUUCCUCAAGCUCCACCUCAUGUGUAUGUAUUGAUGACAGUCUUCUAAUGCUCUGUGUCCUUCCUCAAGCUCCACCUCAUGUGUAUGUAUUGAUGACAGUCUUCUAAUGCUCUGUGUCCUUCCUCAAGCUCCACCUCAUGUGUAUGUAUUGAGGACAGUCUUCUAAUGCUCUGUGUCCUUCCUCAAGCUCCACCUCAUGUGUAUGUAUUGAUGACAGUCUUCUAAUGCUCUGUGUCCUUCCUCAAGCUCCACCUCAUGUGUAUGUAUUGAUGACAGUCUUCUAAUGCUCUGUGUCCUUCCUCAAGCUCCACCUCGUGUGUAUGUAUUGAUAAUGUUCAUGUUGACAGUGUGCUCUGUGGCCGAGCAGUGAGGUAGACACACAAAUGAAACAGUAGGAGGCGCUCACUGCUAGGCUAGCAACACACAGUACGUCCCCAUUCCGCUGCUUUAAAGGUUACAGAAACUACUUCCUACAAAGUGCUGUGAACACAAUUGGACAAACUUCCUGUUUUAUCGGAAGUGAAGUCAAACUGAUUUAGAAGGGGAUUACGGAUGAAUUGACUGCAUCUCCUUACUUUAAAUAGUAGGGUGGUGCUAUUGGAUGUCAAUCAGAAUGACAUCCAACCAAGGAGCACACAACCCCCUUUUAGUCAGAACAUCAACCCAGGCGAUAGUGAUGUAAACCUCACAACUGCUGCUAACCUCUCAACAACUCUCCCCAAACAUAACCGAAACUAAACGUGAGCACUUUGAUGACUAUUUUUGACAAUCUUUUCCCGAUUCGGGGAGGGUGACCAUCGUGGACCAGUCCUUUCCACAAUGAUAUGUGACGGGCUUGUUGUUGCAAACUAGGGGCUUGUGUAAGGACGCAGAGCACCUAAAGUCUUAGAAUGCAGACAAACGGUGUUAUAUCACCCAGCAAAUGACCAAUAUUCUUCUUCUUCUUCUUCAUCACGGUAACGUCUAUGGCACAGGUGUUGUUAUGUACCCCCCUGGUGGACAGGUGAAUUACUCCGGUCAGUCAGCCUCCCAGUCCAAUCUAGUAUUGUCCACAACAACUCUACUUCUAAAUGACACAGUGAGUUAAGUACUGAGUAUGAAAGGUACACUGUUUAAGUACCACACUGUGUUGUGGAACAGUGUUUGAAAUGACCUUUCAUUAAAAGCAGCUGUGUAAAACAGGUGGCUGUCCACUGAAGAGUCCUGAGUCCUUGUGGAGUUGGCUGUUGGUUGCUUUGUCCCGAGUUCAACAGUCCCACAUUGUGCCAAAAGAUAUCCAGCCUUGAGGGUAGACUGGGAGCUGUGUAUCCUGAACCACGGGGUGUGUGACACAGGCUGAUUGACACUAUAGGACUGACUCAAACCGUACCGUGCUGGCUGGGAUUUUCUUUUCACAUUGUUCUGUUGAGCAUGGUUCAGCAUCAUGCCGUAACCAGGCCAGGCUGCUACAGUUAGGCAGGGUUUGGUCCUACGGUGUGAAUCAGGCUUUACUGCUACGUACAGCUGGGCUGGUCACAGAACACAGCCACACUACAAACUGCCUCACUUCACUUUUCCAAGGAAGUGGGGUUAAUUCACAGACUUUAGAACAAUUGACUUAUGUUUGAAUCCGUAUGGUUGGAUUAAUGCAUUCAACAUGCAUUUAUACCGUACACACCAAUGUCUUUGUUACGUUUUACAAAACAUGGACCUGCCUACUUGUACUUGUGGCUCUCUGGAAACAUUCUGUCUUUCUCUUUCCAUCUUCACUACCUUGGUUUUCCCUUUAUUUACGCUCAGGCUUGAAACGGACACCUUUCUCUGUGGACUAGGGUCCUUCCAUAAGCUGGCGUCGCAGAGAUAUGAUGGAUGUAGAAUGUUGAGUGAACCAUGUUAUGUGGGUAUAGGAGGGGAGGUGAGAGGAGAAGAGGACAGGUGUGAAGAGCAUCUCAACACAAGAAACAUUCCCCUGAAGAGCCAAAUACCCCUCCCCCUCUACCCACUCUCUCUCCAUCUUUCUUUAAAGGUCUUACAUUUCCAUUUUCCAUACUUUAUUUUCCAUACGGUAUGUCCAUACUUUAUUUUCCAUACGGUAUGUCCAUACUUUAUUUUCCAUACGGUAUGUCCAUACUUUAUUUUCCAUACGGUAUGUACAUACUUUAUUUUCCAUAUGGUAUGUCCAUACUUUAUUUUCCAUACGGUAUGUCCAUACUUUAUUUUCCAUACGGUAUGUCCAUAUUUUAUUUUCCAUACAGUAUGUCCAUACUUUAUUUUCCAUACGGUAUGUCCAUACUUUAUUUUCCAUACGGUAUGUCCAUACUUUAUUUUCCAUACGGUAUGUCCAUACUUUAUUUUCCAUACGGUGUGUCCAUACGUUAUUUUCCAUACAGUAUGUCCAUACGGUAUGUCCAUACUUUAUUUUCCAUACGGUAUGUCCAUACUUUAUUUUCCAUACGGUAUGUCCAUACUUUAUUUUCCAUACGGUGUGUCCAUACGUUAUUUUCCAUACAGUAUGUCCAUACGGUAUGUCCAUACUUUAUUUUCCAUACGGUAUGUCCAUACUUUAUUUUCCAUACGGUAUGUCCAUACUUUAUUUUCCAUACGGUAUGUCCAUACUUUAUUUUCCAUACGGUAUGUCCAUACUUUAUUUUCCAUACAGUAUGUCCAUACUUUAUUGUCCAUACUGUAUGUCCAUACUUUAUUGUCCAUACGGUAUGUCCAUACUUUAUUUUCCAUACGGUAUGUCCAUACUUUAUUUUCCAUACAGUAUGUCCAUACUUUAUAUUCCAUACAGUAUGUCCAUACUUUAAUGUCCAUACGGUAUGUCCAUACUUUAUAUUCCAUACAGUAUGUCCAUACGGUAUGUCCAUACUUUAUUUUCCAUACAGUAUGUCCAUACGGUAUGUCCAUACGGUAUGUCCAUACUUUAUAUUCCAUACAGUAUGUCCAUACUUUAUAUUCCAUACUGUAUGUCCAUACUUUAAUGUCCAUACGGUAUGCCCAUACUUUAUAUUCCAUACAGUAUGUCCAUACUUUAUAUUCCAUGACGGUAUGCCCAUCGUUUUGAGAAUAAUUACAGUAGUUGUUGUUAGUCAUUUGUUUGUUCUGUUGUCAUCGAUGUUCAGACGAGACAUUUUGUGAUGUUGAAGUUUUGUUUUAUAUUUCUUGUGAUGGCUGCUCUGUAACUCAGCUUUCUCCCUGGGCUGGCCUGGGAUAUGGAGGGGCUGUAGGGAUGAUGUUCCUUCCUGUCCUGAACAGGGUUGUGUUCAUUAGGACAUGCAACAGAAAACAUAAAAACAUGUUUUGCAAUGGAAUAGUAGUGUUUCUGAGCAUAGAUUGUCCCUUAGUUUUUCAUUCCGUUUGGUGCCUAAUGAACACGACCCAGUGGGGUCAGGGGGUGGUCAAUUUAUAAUAAUAAUAUGAUAUAAUCCUCACUGACAAUCACACCGUUAUAGAAGAGGUCCUGUACAGAUCCUCACUCUGUAGAGAGAGUACACACACACAUGGUUGAUGAUAUUACUAGAUAUUAUCUAGUGUGUCCUGCGUUGCAUAUAAUCUGACUGAGCAUACAAGUAUCUAAGUAUCUGACUGAGCGGUGGUAGGCAGAAGCAGGCGCGUAAACAUCUCUGAGUCCAUCUAUUGACAGGGUUUACCUCCAGACCCACACUCUCUCUGAGUCCAUCUAUUGACAGGGUUUACCUCCAGACCCACACUCUCUCUGAGUCCAUCCAUUGACAGGGUUUACCUCCAGACCCACACUCUCUCUGAGUCCAUCUAUUGACAGGGUUUACCUCCAGACCCACACUCUCUCUGAGUCUAUCCAUUGACAGGGUUUGCCUCCAGACCCACACUCUCUCUGAGUCCAUCUAUUGCAGGGUUUACCUCCAGACCCACACACUCUCUGAGUCCAUCUAUUGACAGGGUUUACCUCCAGACCCACACUCUCUCUGAGUCCAUCUAUUAACAGGGUUUACCUCCAGACCCACACACUCUCUGAGUCCAUCUACUGACAGGGUUUACCUCCAGACCCACACACUCUCUGAGUCCAUCCAUUGACAGGGUUUACCUCCAGACCCACACUCUCUCUGAGUCCAUCUAUUGACAGGGUUUACCUCCAGACCCACACUCUCUCUGAGUCCAUCUAUUGACAGGGUUUACCUCCAGACCCACACACUCUCUGAGUCCAUCUAUUGCAGGGUUUACCUCCAGACCCACACUCUCUCUGAGUCCAUCUAUUGGAAGGGUUUACCUCCAGACCCACACAUGAUGUUUAUGGUGCUGUCAAAGUGACCAUGUGGUCCAGUAGAUGGAGUGGUUGUGGUGGUAUAAAGGCCCAUAGCUACACAGACUGGACACAUUAAUCAGUGUCCAAUUUACACAGCACCAUCCAGAGGAGAGGAUGGGUUCUGAACUUCUGAAAGCAAACAUAGAGGGCAUCUGUUAGGGAUUGGGUUUAACAGACCUAGGGCUAGGCUAGACGAAGGGUUUAACAGACCUAGGGCUAGGCUAGAUGAAGGGUUUAACAGACCUAGAGGUAGGCUAGAUGGAGGGUUUAACAGACCUAGGGCUAGGCUAGACGAAGGGUUUAACAGACCUAGGUCUAGGCUAGACGAAGGGUUUAACAGACGUAGGGCUAGGCUAGACGAAGGGUUUAACAGACUAGGGCUAGGCUAUACGAAGGGUUU